AUGGACCGCGAAUAUACCAAAUUUGCAUUUCAUUAUGCGAAAGACUACCCCGAGAAAACUGAAGAUGAUGCUUACGCUGCAUAUAUGGCAUCGAAACAAGAGUCAACUGAUGCAGCCUUUACAAAGAAAGUGUUGCACUUGGCUUUCCAAACUGAGUUUCAAGACAUUGUUCAAUCAUCUGGUUAUGGCAAGACAAGGGCAAUUAUUCAGCUUGCAACAGCACAACCUCUCAUAUAUGUUUGUUUGCAUCAAGUGGAUUCAAUUGGCUACCCACCAAUGACUCCAAAAAGCAGUGAGAUGCUCUCAGAUAUAGAAAAGGCAGAGUCUAUAGAUGAUGCAAAGGAAAUAGCAUCACAAUGGCUUGAGUUGAUUAUAUGGGUAUUUUGUGAUAUAACUGAGACUGACAAGAUAGCAAUCUUCUUGGAUGAAUCAUUUCGUCUUUUAGAAAAUAAAAAGGGUGGAGAGAAACUGGCUUUUCAUGCAAUUCACAGAGUUUUGCAUAUGCUUUCUGACUAUGCCUAUGGAAUUUUGACUGAUACAAACUCAUCUGCUGCUAAUCUGGCACCUUGGCAAGAGAAGAUCCAUCAGCAUGAGAUCACAAACUUUGCAUCCAUACACCAUUCAUAUACAUUGCAACAAUGGAUUGCCUACAGUUCCCUUUGGGUUGCCAAGUCACACUCAAAUGAAUAUGAUAAUUUUUGUAAUAUAAUUAAUCUUGCAAAAUUCAAACUCCUUGGGGGAGUUGCCACUUGGCACAAACUUGAAAAAGCAGAGAAAAGGGCUGCUGCUGUUCCAGUAAUUGCCUCCACUGCUGUCCUGUAUGUGAGUCCAGUAUCAAGCAUUGCAGUUGAACUAGUCAGAACACAUAUGGCUAUUCUGAUUGCUGUAGAUGACAGCUGCAAAUUUCUUGUUAUUACAUACCCUUCUGAACCCCUGCUUUCAGAAGCAGCAUUUGGGCUGAUGUCAGUAGAGUCUGCCUAG